AUAACAUAUAUUACAUAACAUAGAUAACAUGAAUCAACAACAUAGUUUUAAAUAUGAAUGUUUUUACAGAUUUGAUGUCGGUUUUUACUAGUGAACCUUAUAGGUCUCUUUUGUAUGUGAUGGAGCUGUUUUUUCUCCACAACUGUGCAUUGCGUUUAUGCACCCUGACCCAAGCCUACUCCCCCACCCCCCCUAAAAAAGAGAAAGAAAGAGAAAAAGAAAAAAACGAAAAGCGUUGUUGAAGAACAUUGAUGAUGAGGGGGCACAGGAGCAGGAGCAGGGGCCGGGAUGCUGAUGGGACCAGCAGAGUGGUGCAGACAGGGGGGAGGGGAUGUUUAUGGUGUGCGGACACGGAAGACGAGAAGGGAGGGGGUUUCCCCCCAUCUGUUGCGCGGCUGUGGCGCGUGCCGAGCGCGUGAAUCCUACUGGCAGCUCACAGAACAGUUUGGUUUAAUGGAGAGACUGAAACUCUUGAGAGUUUGAAAUAAGAAAAACAAAACGUUGAUUUAAGUUUGAAAUAUAUAGAAUGUUUUAUAUUAGAUUAAACAAAAAAGAGUGAGAAUCACUCCAUGAAGGUCCAGUCUUUUACUGCGUCAUCGGCGUCUUCCUCACCGUGUUAUACAUGCAGUGUUAGUGCUCACUCGUGUGCUGCAUGGCUCUUUGUGUACGUCAUAUUCUGCAGACAUACGCAUCACCCCUCUGUGCUUGAUGCAGGUUCUCUUCAGUCUCCUCCCCCAGUACGCCAGGUAAACACCGUGUCAUUGAUAUUGGAAACAAGCUGCUUGGGCUCCAUAAGCAGAUGUUAAUCCAUACAUAGCGUGGCUUGGGUAACUGGUUUAUUAAUUUUAGGAAUAGAUUACCCCUGUCGCCUCAGAAACACACCUCUGAUUCUGCUUUAUUUUGUUGGGCAAGUCGAGCCCUACAAGCAUUAAUGUAUGAUUUAUUAUUUUGAUCCAACGUUUUUGAUUAUGUAUUUCUAGCAAUGCAACCUUCAGAUGUAUGAUCACACAAAAAUAUAUUUGACUCAUUUGGUUGUUCAUUUGUGGGGGGAUUUUCGAUGCAUGAAAAAACAGAAUUAUAUACAGAAAGAUAAUCAAUUUAAUAAAGCCAUGCAGGCGAAAAAUUAAGCAGUCCUUGGAAAAUUUAAAGAGCAGGUAUAUGCCACAGCUGAUAUGCUGUUUUGAGGGGAAACAACACCGUCAUUUGCCUUCUGUGCGUAAUGGGAUCUCAGAUGAACGUUAAAUCUUAAAUUUUUAAACGCAAUAAAGCGCAACACUAUCGUGGAACUCCGCAUACCAGCGCUGUAGACGCAGGGGCCCAACGGGACCAGAUGGUCCAGACAGGAGCUCCGCUCAACUCCCAAAGGCAUCGCCCCGCCCCCUCCCAUGUCAAAGGUCCAGCACAAUGGCUUGAGUUCCCCUCCGCUCCGACGCGCCGGAGCCAUAUAAAUAGGAGGCUCUCCUGCUCUGCCACACACUUCAGCUCAGCCGCUCCAAGAGCAAGAAUCUCCCGUCCGACAAAAGCACAACAACCAGAAGCAAACGAAAUGAGUCCCAGCAUCACCACUGAGGCAAACCAGCCUCUUCCUGCCCGGUCAACCGUGGCCCAGAGAAAACAAGCCAACGAACUGAGAAAGACUCUGAAACCCUUGCUGGAGAAGAGGAGACGUGCUCGCAUCAAUGACAGCCUCAGUCAUUUGAAGGGCAUCAUUCUGCCUCUUGUUGGCAAAGACAACGCACGCUACUCCAAACUGGAGAAAGCUGAUAUUCUGGAAAUGACAGUGCGCUUCCUCAGAGACCUUCCCUCUACUCCAGCGAAAGACUCCGCAGACAGUUACAGAGAAGGCUACAAAGCCUGCCUCCAGCGCGUCUCCGCUCUGCUUCCCAAAACGAGCCUGGACCAAGACGCGUGCCAGCGGGUGAACGACUUCGUCCAGCAGUCCAUGUCCACCACCGUCACCCCGACCUGCCUGAACUGUUGCGCUCAGAGCUCCAGAAGCUUCCCUCAGAUCCAACAGAAACUCCUGAGCCUCAAGUCCAGCUUCAGCUCCAGACCGGAGAGCCAGUCCCGCAGCAGCAGCAGCAGCGCAGUGGCUCCCGGCCGAGCACAGCCAGGCCCGCAGCCCGUCAGCGCUGCCAUGUGGAGACCUUGGUAGAUUAGAAGGGCAUUAUUGUCAUGUGUGUUAUUUAUUUCGUGAUGUCAUUUUUGUUGCUAGUUAUAUUGCAAUAUAGCCUUACUGUUAGUGAUUUAAGAAGAAGAAUUGUUGGAGUUGCUGCAUAAUAAUUAAAAUUCAGCACUGCGUUUAAAGCCAGAGAGGGCACACGAGCACAGAUCUCAAAGAAGCCGCAAAGUCUAUGAACUUUUUUAAAGCGCAAUCCUCUUUGGGGUGUCAAAGGUACGGGUUGUAGUCAACACUUUUGUAAAACCCCAAGGGUUAUUUUGUUUGAGGUUUGCACGAUGGACUUAAAAGUAUUUUGGUCUGUGCAACAUAAUAGUCUGUAAACACUGUGUGUUAAAUAGGAUUAUUCAUAAUCGAUUGGUGGCAUGUAAGAGAAAAAAACUGUUUUGUGAAACUAAUGUUUUG